AUGAGGUCGUACAAGCGCCAGAGAACUAGAAGGUACACACAAAAUGUUCAGCAAGCAGCACCUCAAGCAUGUAUGAAUAUUCAAACCUCUUUAUUGGAGUAUGUACCAUUGAUAGUUGCAGCAAACAGUAGGAAGAUAAAAAAAAGGUUUCAACCAGAGAAGUUGCUUGAACGUCACCUUUUCAAUGACCUAGUUAGACAACACUUUGAGAGAGAGAAUUUUAGCAUCCAAUCCCUGCAGCAUACACCCAUCCUUAGUCGUCGAGUUCCUCCAAUCCGACUUCAUAUCUUCGUGACAAAAUCAUGGUGA